AAAUAAUAAAAACUACUGAAGAGAGCUAAAGCUUCUGGCAGAGGAAGAAGAUUUCAUAGGAAGAUGUUGAAGCUUUGCUCUUGCAAUGUGACGGACCUAAUUCAGGCAUCGGUUCAAUGCCGAUUCCCCGGUUCACCCGGUCCUUUCGCAUUUCGGCGGCGGAGCCCGGUCUCUGUCUCUUGUUCCCCGCUGAGUAGACUCAAGUUGACGCCGGUUCAAGCCGUGCUGUCAAGCCAGCAAAAAGAAGUUGCCGAGGUCGUUAAAUCUGGGUCGGGGAGUUUGGCCGACCUGCUCCGCUUGGGUAGCUUGGCGGAAGAUGGGUUGUCUUAUAACGAAAAGUAUAUAGUGAGGUGUUAUGAAGUUGGAAUCAACAAAACCGCCACUAUUGAAACGCUAGCUAAUCUCUUGCAGGAGAUUGGAUCUAACCAUGCUCAAAGCCUUGGAUUUUCGACAGACGGGUUUGCUACAACUCCCACCAUGAGAAAAAUGCAUCUCAUAUGGGUGACCGCACGUAUGCACAUAGAAAUAUACAAAUACCCUGCUUGGAGUGACGUGGUUGAAAUCGAAACAUGGUGCCAAAGUGAGGGAAGAAUUGGAACCAGAAGGGACUGGAUCCUAAAGGAUGCCACAACUGGUGAACUUAUUGGAAGAGCUACAGGCAAGUGGGUGAUGAUGAACCAGGACACGAGGCGGCUGCAGAAAGUUAGUGAUGAUGUCCGGGAAGAACAUUUAAUCUUCUGUCCACGAGAACCUAGGUUAGCAUUUCCUGAAAAGAACAACAAAAGUUUGAAGAAAAUUAUCAAAUUAGAAGAUCCCGCUCAGUAUUCGCGGCUUGGGCUUACGCCAAGAAGAGCUGAUCUGGACAUGAACCAUCAUGUCAAUUACGUCACCUACAUCGGAUGGGUUCUGGAGAGCAUGCCUCAAGAGAUCAUUGACACCCAUGAAUUGCAAAGUAUCACGUUAGAUUAUAGGCGGGAAUGCCUACAGGAUGACGUGGUUGAUUCGCUUACCAGUCCGGAACCAAUAGAUGGUACCGAAACCGUUUCAGAGCAAAAUGGAACUGCAAGAGAAGAUGCGGACUGCCCCAAGUUUUUGCAUCUGUUGAGAGUGUCUUGUGACGGGCAGGAAAUAAACAGAGGCCGUACCGAGUGGAGAAAGAAACCUGCCAGAUGAGGUAUGCGAUUGCCGAGGAUGAAGAAAUAAUCUAGUUUACUGUAUCCAUCAAUUUUCAGGUUUUUCUCUUCUUUGUUUUAUGUGCUCCUUAUUUUGCCUUAAAAUUCAGUCAUAGGAAGGUCAUAUUGCGUCGUGGAUUUAGAUAUAGAACAUAAGACAAUGAUGUUUGAGACACCCACAUCAAAAUCCAUGAAUCUGUUGUACUUCCAUCUUUCUUAAUGUUUACAUAAUAAGUGAUGUUUGAAA